CACAUGACUGCUGCCAGAAGUCCAUUUCCUCGCCGCAACAAACUUAACGGGGAAGCGGUCUCCGGUAUGGCAGACCGGACGAACGUGAGGUGACGGUGGAGUGUAGAUAUUUGAAUUACCUCACAGGGCAUGCCAGAGUUUCUGUCAGGCCCCUCUGAGAUAAAAUGGCGCUGUCGUUGCCAGUAGCUGUGCUUUUGGCUCUUGUUUUCCUCACAGCACAAGUGACCCUCUCAACAGAAAGCAAUAAAUGUGUUGCCAGAAACUUUGGCCAUGACUCAGUGGUGUGUGAGUGUAAUUCAACAUACUGUGACAGUGUUGGGUCCGUAACCCUGCCUCCACUGGGUCAGUACUCCUCCUACCUGAGCAGCAUGGCGGGCAGCAGACUACAGCGAGGCCAGGGUCAGGUCCAGGUGAACAGCACGGAGGCAGGCCUCAGGUUGACUAUCGUUCACUACCAGAAGUACCAGAAGAUCAGGGGAUUUGGAGGAGCUAUGACAGACGCAGCAGCCAUCAACAUCCUGUCCCUGUCUGCUGGUGCACAGGACCAGCUGCUACGACAGUAUUUCUCCAGUGAAGGUAUCGGCUACAGCGUGGUGCGAGUCCCCAUGGCCAGCUGUGACUUCUCCACCCGUCUGUACACCUACGCUGACACACCUGGAGACUACAACCUGGACAACUUCACUCUGGCCCAUGAAGACAUCAACAUGAAGAUCCCUCUCCUGCAGCGUGCUCAGGCCUUGUCUCCUCACCCCCUGUCCCUGCUGGCUAGCGCCUGGAGCGCCCCCGCCUGGAUGAAAACUAAUGGUGCACUGAUAGGAAAGGGCUUCCUGAAUGGCCAUCCUGGUGGCAAAGAGCAUAAAACAUGGGCUCAGUACUAUAUCAGAUUCCUUGAGGAAUAUGCUAAAUAUAACUUGACCUUCUGGGCUUUGACCACAGGGAACGAGCCCUCUGCAGGACAGUUGACAAACUACAGUUUCCAGGCUCUGGGCUUCACGCCUGAGGAGCAGCGGGACUGGGUGGCUCUGGACCUGGGCCCUGCUCUGCAUGCUUCAUCAUACCCACACACUCACAUCCUCAUACUGGAUGACAACCGCCUGCUGCUGCCUCACUGGGCCAAAGUGGUCCUAAAUGAUGUUCAUGCAGGAAGGUAUAUUCACGGUGUGGCAGUUCACUGGUACAUGGACCGCCUUGUCCCAGCUGGGAUAAGCCUGGGAGUCACGCAUCAUCUCUAUCCGGAGUAUUACCUGUUUGGCACGGAGGCCUGUGCUGGGUGGAGCCCACUAGACAGAGGGGUGAAGCUGGGGAGCUGGGACAGGGCUGAACAGUACGCACAUGACAUUAUAGAGGACUUAAAUCACUAUGUGGUUGGCUGGACUGACUGGAACCUGGCAUUGGACCAGACUGGUGGACCAAACUGGGUUAAAAACUUUGUGGACAGUCCUGUUAUAGUGGACGCAAAGCGCGACAUCUUCUACAAGCAGCCAUCUUUCUAUAGCAUGGCCCAUUUCAGUAAAUUCCUGUGGGAGGGGUCUCGGAGAGUGGGGGUGUCUGCCAGUCGGAAAACAAACCUGGAAUACACCGCCUUCGUCAGACCAGAUGGCUCAGUAGUGCUCAUCGUGCUCAACAGGUCAUCAUCAGUGAUCCAGUUUGAAGUCUGGGAUCCGGCUGUGGGCUACAUCACCUCCACUGCUCCGGCUCAUUCAUUGCUCACACUUGCUUGGAACACACACUGACCAUAAAUGCGAGGGUAUAGGUAUAUUUCUACCACCUGCCCUGCUUUUCAGCAUAGCACAGAUUGAUUUCGUUGGUCACUUAAAAUAACAUUGACUCAUUUAACAGGCAGCCAAAAUCUUAAUAUGCCUUUUCUUGUGCACCAGUUCUUAUCAGGGAUGGUACCUGGAAGCAAUGAAUGUAUCAACUCACCAGAAUUACCUAUGCUCAAGUGUGCCUUGUGAUUUCCAGCUAAUAAGACGCUUUGUGUCCUCACCAUGUCAAAUCUCAGAAGAAAUCAUAUAAAUAAUGUACAGAGCUUGUAUAUGCCUUCUUUUGUUGCUAUUUAAUUUUUUGAAUUUUAAAUAAACCACACAUUCUUCUAAAAUA